GCCGCGAUGCCCGCCCCCCGGGGCCCCGGCGGCCCGCGCCCCUGCUAGGCUGCGGCGGCAUGGCCCGCGCGCCCGGCGCGACCUCUGCGGAUUGCAUCGGUGUGCGGCGGCGGGGCAUGCCCAGGGCACCGGGCACGGCCUUCAAUGGGCGAGGACACGGACACGCGGAAAAUUAACCACAGCUUCCUGCGGGACCACAGCUAUGUGACUGAAGCCGAUAUCAUCUCUACUGUUGAGUUCAACCAUACCGGAGAGCUGCUGGCCACAGGCGACAAGGGUGGCCGGGUUGUCAUCUUCCAGCGGGAACCGGAGAGUAAAAAUGCGCCUCACAGCCAAGGCGAGUAUGAUGUCUACAGCACCUUCCAGAGCCAUGAGCCUGAGUUCGAUUAUCUCAAGAGUCUGGAGAUAGAGGAGAAAAUCAACAAGAUCAAGUGGCUUCCGCAGCACAAUGCUGCCCACUCCCUGCUGUCCACCAAUGAUAAAACUAUCAAACUAUGGAAGAUCACGGAACGAGAUAAAAGGCCUGAGGGAUAUAACCUGAAAGAUGAAGAAGGGAAGCUUAAGGACUUGUCCACGGUGACGUCACUGCAGGUGCCUGUGCUGAAGCCCAUGGAUCUGAUGGUGGAGGUGAGCCCACGGAGGGUCUUCGCCAACGGCCACACCUACCACAUCAACUCCAUCUCCGUCAACAGCGACUGUGAGACGUACAUGUCGGCGGACGACCUGCGCAUCAACCUCUGGCACCUGGCUGUCACCGACAGGAGCUUCAACAUCGUGGACAUCAAGCCAGCCAAUAUGGAGGACCUCACGGAAGUGAUCACGGCGUCUGAGUUUCACCCCCACCACUGCAACCUCUUUGUCUACAGCAGCAGCAAGGGGUCCCUGCGUCUCUGCGACAUGCGUGCAGCCGCUCUGUGUGACAAGCACUCCAAACUAUUCGAAGAGCCCGAGGACCCCAGUAACCGCUCCUUCUUCUCCGAGAUCAUCUCCUCUGUGUCGGACGUGAAGUUCAGCCACAGUGGCCGGUACAUGCUCACCCGGGAUUAUCUCACGGUCAAAGUCUGGGACCUGAACAUGGAGGCGAGGCCCAUAGAGACCUACCAGGUCCAUGAUUACCUUCGGAGCAAGCUCUGUUCCCUGUAUGAAAACGACUGCAUCUUUGACAAGUUUGAAUGUGCCUGGAACGGGAGCGACAGUGUCAUCAUGACCGGGGCCUACAACAACUUCUUCCGCAUGUUUGACCGGAACACCAAGCGGGAUGUGACCCUGGAGGCGUCGAGGGAGAGCAGCAAGCCCCGGGCCGUGCUCAAGCCACGGCGCGUGUGCGUGGGCGGCAAGCGCAGGCGGGACGACAUCAGUGUGGACAGCCUGGACUUCACCAAGAAGAUCCUGCACACGGCCUGGCACCCGGCCGAGAACAUCAUCGCCAUCGCAGCCACCAACAACCUGUACAUCUUCCAGGACAAGGUGAACUCUGAGAUGCACUAGGUGGGCGCAGAGCCCUGUCUGAGAUAUGACCACCGAGCGGCCCGGCCAGGCUGCCUCUGCUGGCCACGCUCUCUGUUUGGAAACAGGAGUCAGGAGCGUUCACAGCCACGGACCUUGAAAUGGGCGUGAUCAUCGUCUUGGGGUCUUGGCCCUUCAUUCCCGUCCUUAACCGUGUGCUGCCUGCUCCACGAUUAGGACUUGGAUUUCUCCAGGCUCACACUUCACUUCUUCCAGCAGCAACUCUGAGGGGAAGCAGGCGCCCUGGGAACACCCCUCCCUGCCAGGGGGCCCCAGAUCAGGGCUCUGGGGACAGAGGACAGGACGGACUCAAACAAGCCAGCCAGGGAUUCUUUUGAUUAUCAGUGGAGCAAUUUUCACUGUCUCAGAGCCGAGGGUCUUCCCUUGGCUUUUUGAAUCAUGAAUUCAUGCUGAGAAUUGGCAGGUGCAAGCUGCUCUUUUAGAUUGUUUUAAGUCUUUCAAUACCCCCCGUCUGGCGUUUCCGGAGAGGAGAGGGGGGCAGUGAAACCCGCCUGUGCGUGUGCCUGUCCUCCUCACCAUGUCCCCAACCUUUGCUGAGUGUGGGCCAGGGGCCAGACAUGGUGCUCGGCCCAUUAGGUGCGUGCGUGGAUUCAGUCCCCUCUCCACGGGGCUCUGCUGUCCCGCAUCAGGGUCACUGGGCGCCUCCUGGGAGCUCAUGAAGGCUCUGUCUGUGACCCUGGAAGGUGGGUAUCUGUUCACUUACUCCGUUCACUUACACCAGCCCCUCAUUGAGUGCUGGGCUUUGCCAGGUGCCAGGGACAAACGGUGAAGAAUUGUCCUUCCCGCUCUGCACAUGAGGCAGCGGGCCCUGACAGCAUGAACAGUCGGUCCAAGGCACACUCCGACCAAGUGGUUGAGUCAGGAAUCCUGGGCAGGUCUUCAUGCACACUGCCUGCUUUCUGACUCACCAUGUCGGCUACUCCCGUUAAAGCAGCAUUCUUGUGUGGAAGGUUCUGGAAACACCCCUUCAUCUUGGCGGGCUUGAUAGAGCACAUGGGUGAUGACGAGGGUCCAGCGGGGCGACCCGAGCCGCAGCAUGGAGAACGGAGAAGACCCCAGUGGUGCCAAGCUCUGUGGGGUGACUUCGGG